AUGGGAGAGCUAACUUUCUUUCUUGGACUGCAAAUCAAACAGUCUCCAAAAGGGAUCUAUAUUAGUCAAACCAAGUACAUCAAGGAACUCUUAAAGAAGUUUGGCAUGGAGAAUUCUAAAUCCAUUGGGACUCCAAUGAGUCCAACAACUACGCUAGAAGAAGUUGAUAAUGGAAAAAGUGUUGAUGAAAUAAUGUAUAGAGGAAUGAUUGGAUCUUUAUUAUGUCUUCCUGCUAGUCGACCAGAUAUAAUGUUCAGUGUGUGUAAAUGUGCAAUAUUUCAGUCGGCUCCAAAGGAAUCCCAUCUUACUGCACUUAAACGUAUUAUUAGAUAUCUUAUUGGGACCUCUAAAUUAGGAUUAUGGUAUGCUUACGCUAAAAAUUUUGUUUUAAAAGGUUUUUCAGAUGCAGACUUUGUAGGCAAUAAUAUCGACAGGAAAAGUACUAGUGGCACAUGCCAACGUUGGGAAAUGCACUAG